UUAAUUUUUUAUAAUUCACAUUUUGUACAUCAUAAUAAAAAAUGAUUUUUUCAGUAAAAAAUCUGAAGAUAACUUGAAAAAAAUCAUCACAAUAUUCUCAAAUAUAUAAUAUCAAUAUCAAUAGAUUUUUAGAGUCUAAUAUUUUUGUUCGGAAGAGUAAUAUUUUACGUUGCAUUUCUCAAUGAAUGCAAUUGGUCAGUCAGUUUCCCGCUUUCGAAUGGACGCCAAAAUCUCUUAUACGAUUUUUUACAGCUCUUACGAGAUGUUUUAUGAUAAACUGUCAAUAAAGUUUUUUGUUGGUUUAUACCGUAAUGAAACAUUAAAAUCGUUAUCGAUACAUAUUCAAAAAAUGAUAACCUGAGGCUAUAAUUUUUCUUUAUCAAGUGAUAAGUUAAGGUUAUGUUUAUAUUUGUAAGCUAAGGAAAUGUGAUAAUAAUUGUAGUUUCGUUUAAAAUAAUUUAAACUUAAUACAAUUGUUACCAUGGAAUCUUUAAAAAUAUUCGAUAAUUUUAAAUUUAGUGACUUAAAUGAAGACUGGAUUCAAUCUGUGUGGAAUGGAGAAUUUAUGAUUUAUAAUGAACCACCUGAUGAGUACCUCAUGUUUUUAGAGAGUGAAGACAUGAAAUUACUUUUACAUGAAUCUUGUACUGUAAUACAAACUUGGCUAGAAGAAGGUAAAAAUCAGAAUAAUUCUGAAAAUUAUUGUUCUGAAAUAUCGUGGAACACAUUAAUUACUAUGAAUAUAAAUGUGCAUGCUUUAUUAGCCGUAUUGGGUUAUAUAAUAAAAACUGGUCAAAACAAAGAAACCAAUGAAGAAACAAGACAAUUAUGUCUAUAUGCAACUAAUUUAUAUUUUGUGCUUCUAACCAUUCCUGGUAGUAGUGCAUUUAAUAUAUUUCAUUCUAAUUUGUAUCAACAAGCUAUAGAGACACUUAAAAUGGGUUCCGAACAAUUACAACCUUCUAUUAAGAAACGUAAUAAAAGAAUAUAUUUAAAUGAUUUAAAUGUUACUGAUGAAUUAGUAAAUGAAAUCAAUAUUCUUUCACCUCAUGAAAAAGAAGUUCUUAUAAAAAAUUUAAAUAUUAUUAUUUGCAGCUUUAUUGUAAUGAUAAAAUCAUUUUGGUUUAAAGAUCAUGUACAGUCAUUAGAUAUUACUAUUCAUGGAUUAGUUGAAAUUACAAAGAUAGAAGAUGAUUGCACAGUCAUCCAAUGUUUUAAUAAACAAAUAGGUACUUUGGAUGUUUCAUUGCCACAAAAUGGUUAUAUGGCAUUAAAAGAAUUAUGUAAUAAUAAACAUGGACCUAUUGAAAUAACUAUAACAUUUAUAGCAAAGUAUAUAUUACCACGUUUAUUAUGUAGUCAUAUGGAUGCACAAAUAAAAUUUAUUACAAAUGUACGUGAACAUACUAUAAAUUUUUUAAAAAAUUUAUUACAUGAAUUUGAAAAAGAAGCUAAAACUGCAAUUCUAACAUUAAUACAACAUAUAAUGCUAACAUGUCCAGAUCGGUUUGAAGCUAGGCAAAGACAAGCUAAUGUGUUAGUAAAACUUUUUAAAAUAUGUAAACAGAAUACUGCAUUAGAAGCCUUUAAGGAUUUAAUAUUAUUAUCACAUCACUCAAAAAUACCUUUUAGAUUAUUUGCACAAGAAAUAAUUGGGAAAUUGUUACUUGAAUCUUUUUUAAUGAAUUGCAAUAUAAUUCAUAGUUUAAAAAUCAAAAUAAGAAGAAUAUUCUUUGCAAUUAUAUUGAAUAGAUGUAUGGAUUGUUCAUGUAUGGUAAGAGGAAAAGCUAUGGCAAUAAUUGCUGAAUUUACAGAAUCUGAUAAUGAAAUAGAUAAAGAAAUAUUUCAAACUAUAUUUAAAAAAUCUAAUACAAAUAAACAAUUACUUUCAUUUCAUGACAUAAAAGAUUCUCUAUUUAAGGACAUUGAUUUAUUACCAAGUUCAAAUAUUUUAAUAAUUAUGUUGAUAGAAAGAUUAGAAGAUGAAAGAGCAAUGGUACGACGAAGCUCAUUGCAAAUCUUGAGAAAUUUAAUUUUAAUGUUUCCAUCUUUGAUACAUGAAGUUUUAUCUGUAAUAAGUCUUAGAUGCAGAGAUCCAGUGUUAAUAGUGCGACGAUUUGCUGUACAAGUUUUAUCUCAACUUUUACAAGAAUUUCCAAAUAAUUCUCAACUUUUAAAUGAAUGGGUACGAACUGUUAUGCCACAAAUAUUUGAUAUUGAAAUUAAGGUACAAGAAAAAGUGCUAGAAUAUUUAGAAAGUCUAUUAUUAAAUAAAAUACAAAAUACUUCUAUAAGUAUUGAUAACACAGACAAUAAUUUGCCAUGGAAAAUUUUAAAUACUAUAAUUAAAAUGAAAAUGAGAAAACAUUUAUCAAAAGCUUGCAAUUUAUGGAUUAAGAAUGGUGUUGUUACCAAUUCUAUAAUAAACAAUAUACAAUCUCAUAUUGGAACAAAUAAUAACAUAGAAGCUUGGGUCUUCUUAGUUGCAUUGGCUGAAAAUACCAAUUUACCAAAUAUGAACACAUAUUUUUCAAAUUAUGAAGAAAUUUUUGUAGAAAAUAAUUUUUGCACAAGUUUAGUUCUACAAGCUUUAAGAUAUUCUUGGAAAUCAUUAAAUUAUGAAAUUUUAAAACAUCUUCAUAUUUAUUUAUAUGAAUGCUUACAACAAUUUAAAAUUAAUUUUGGAUUAAUUAGCAUUUGUUUAGAUAUUAUACAUAAUAUAAUUCACUAUUUAAAUCCUGACAAAAAUAAUAAUUUGCUAGAAACAAAUAUGUUAAAUCUCAUAAAACUUUCAGAAGUAGAAAUUGCAAAAAUUUUUGAAAGUGAAGAUCAAGCUAUUGAGGCAGCACCUAAUUAUUUAAAAGCUAUGUUUACAUUAGGACAUGCAGCAAUUUUAUGUAGCUGCAAAAUUUCACCAUUGUCAUUACGAAUUUUACAAGGAAUAUUAUUAGAAUGGGAUAUAUUACCAGAAAUAAUAAAAAAAAUAGAACAAUUGCAAGCUUCAGCAGUUACUAUUCUAGGACAACAAUCAAUGAGAGAUCGUGAAAUUGCAAAGGAAGUAGUCCCAAUAUUUGGUAAAUUAAUGAGACAAGAAAUAAAUUUAAAUUCGCUUGUCCAAAUUCCUGUAAGAAUAAAUGCUGCAAAAGCUUUAGCUGAUAUUUGUAUUAGAUUCACUGCUUUAGUUGAACCAUAUUUACCAGAUAUGUGUGUAAGUAUGAAGGAUUCAAAUCCACAAGUGCGUGAAGCUAUCAUGGUGAUAUUUAUUCAAUUACUUUUGGAAGAUUAUAUAAAAGUUAAGGGUCCUUUUUUUUUUCAUAUAUUAACAAUGUUAUCAGAUUCUGAUGAGAUGAUACGUGAAUUAACUAUUUUUCUUAUAGAAGAACGUCUUUUAACAAAAAAUAAAUCUUUAAUAUCACAACAAUUUUUACAGAGUAUAUAUCAUUAUAAUAAUUAUCAAUCUCAGCAUAAAGUUUAUCAUCUUAAACUCUGUGAAAAAGAAAAAAAAAUUUUAACACUUCCUGGAAGAAAGAAUGAAAAAAAACGAAAAGCAAUUUACGAUUUUAUGUUGGAUCAUUUAGAUCCUCCUGGAAAGAUAAGAUUACUUGUAAAAGUAACUAGUCAAAUACUUGGUGGGACUUGUGUUGAUUUAAUUGACAUUAAAAAAGAAGAAGGAGCAUGUGUUUUAAAAGAUGCAUUAUAUAUAAUUAGCAACAAUCAUUUACGUCCAUCAUCAUUUAAUAAACAAAAUGAUGAUGAUCAAGGUGAAAGUGAAGAAUAUACAGUUCAAACAAUUACUUCAACUUCUAAUGCAAUUAGCAUUAUUAUUGAAGGAAUAAAAAAACAUGGCUUAGAAGUUCUAUUACCUAUCUUAAUAAAGCUUAGAAUGAAAUUGUCUAUUCUAAAAUCACCAUUAGAAAAUGAUGUAAAAAAGAUUUUAAUUAAAACAUAUUCUGAAUAUAACAAAGAUCAACUAGCAAACAUAUUAAGUGAAUAUCCUAAACUGGAAAAAGAAGUGGAACAAUUUAAAAAACAAAUAGAAGAUAUUAGACUUGAUGAUGACAAUUUUACUGAAGAAGAGAUCUCUCCAUCAGAAAUGAAUAAUCAGAGUGCAUCUAACAAAAAUUUAAAUUUAAGAAGUAAUUUAUAUCCUAAAGUUGUAUUGCAACGUCUUUCACUUUCUGAUUUGUUAAAUUCUAGAAGUACAUCGGUAAAUUCUUUUUCACCAAUUAGUAUUUCAAAUGGUUAUAAUUCUCCAAUAUGUUCAAAUCCAAUUUUAUAUUCACCUUCUCAACCUGGUCCUAGUACAAGCACACCCAAAUCAUUUAAACAUUCUGAUUUUGAUAUAGAUAAUCAUGCCUCAAAAGUUAGAAGACUUUCUAGUUUUUUUCAAAAUGAAAAUAUAUUAACUAAUAUUGAUCAUAAAAUAAAAAAAAGAAAUAUUUUUCAAAUUCAAGAUGAUAGUGAGUCUGAUUAGAAUAUGUAAAACAAAUUAUUUUUGUUUUUUAUUUUUAUUUAUGAUGCAAUAUAUAGAAAUAUAAAAAAAAAUAUACCUACCUCUUAAUUUUUGUUGAAUACGAAAUGACGUUUGUGAAAUAGUAUACAUUCGAUUUUCCAAUUCUUUUUGUAUAUCUAAAAUAUAUAAAUUAUUAAUUAUCAGAUAAGCACAACAUUUGGUACUUUGAUCUUACCUUUAUUAGUAUAUGACAAAACAUUAUUAUGCAAAUUCCUUAUAAUAGCAGUAUUUUCAGCAAUAAGUUGAAUUAAAUCUCGAAUUCCUUCAACCUAUGUAUUAACAUUAUUUUAUAUCUAUUGCUAAUAUAAAAAUCUGUGAUAUUUAGAUGAUGACUUAAAUAUUCAUAUACAUGUACAUACAUACUUUAUCUAAUACUUCCUUCAAUUUUUUAUUUUGGUAAAUUUGAAUAUGUACAUCUUGUAAAAAUCCUUUACCAAAUGUAGUGCUAUUAUUUUGAUACUAAAAAGAUAAGAAAGGAAAAAAACAUUAUAUUAUAUAUAAUUUUUUCAACAGAAAAAUAAUAAUAUUCAAAUUUCAUAUGAAAUAUAAUUAUUUUUAAAUAUUUACUAUAAUAGGUUUUAUUAUUGAUAUAAUAUUUCAUGUGUAUUUUAUUUACUGUAAUGACAUGAUAUAAAUGAUAAUUUGAAUUUAUUAAAUAAUGAAUAAUGAUUAAAUACUAACAGCACGUAAUUCCGGCAUUCGAUCACGAACCAUGAUAGUUAUUGCUUGAAAAUCAGCGUAUAACUGAUAAUUUCGUGAAAACAUAUAAAAUUUAUUUUCUGUUAUCUAUCUUAUCAGUAGAGAUAAUUGAUAAAAUUCAUUAUAACGUUGACAUUAUUAUUUAUAAUCCGUUGCAUAUAAUUUAUAAAAAUAGUUAAAAAUAUUUGUAUAUUGUCUUAUUCUUUGAACAAUUUGACUCACUUCACAGUUAUACUGUAAUACUUGAAAGAUAUUUUGCAUUUGAAAUGAAAUAGGAAAUAAGCACUUAACAUCUGGAUACAAGGACAGCUUUGAAAUGAAUUGCAAACCUUUGACUUGUUCUUUCAUACAUUUUUUUUUAUAUUUGUAACAAUAAUAACAAUGAUUUUAUAACAUUUCAUUUUUUAAAAUAAAACUAUUUUAUUUUGUUUUUCCUAA